AUGGAGCCUGGAAAAUUUGACCCAAGAUACUCGGGAGAGUUGUUGAAGCAUAUGGAUAAGCAGAAUGAGGUCCUUAUGGAAACAUACAGAUCAAUGUUGCAUGAAUUGCAAAAACUCCAGGUGGAAGAAGAGAUGAUUAUGCGCAAGCUUUAUGAAGUAAUGUCCGCCCAUGGUCUCACUAAACAGAAUGAAGACAACUCCAACGCCUCUCACAACACUGCAGAAGCUGAACAAAUCAAUAAUGAAGUCAAUACAACACAUGAGAAUCAGUAA